CGGAGGUAGAGAGUCAGAGCUGCUCGUCUGGCGGAUCUCAACCUCUGAAACAAACCCCCGGUGUCUUCUCUCAUCCGUCCCCGCUCCCCUCCUCACUCACCCGGGGUUGUUUCUCUCCGGAGCCCUGGACGCGUCUGUUUCUUUCUUUUUCCACCCUUCUUCUUCCUCUCGACUCCGGCCAACAGUUUGGUCUCUGGGAUUUGUUUUUUUAUUACUCCUCGGUGGUGAUUUUCAACACUGUUCCUCGCCGCUGCUGCUGCUGCCGCUUUUACGCGCCGACGCUUAUUCUGGAUUUUGCUCAUCACUGGAGAAAAACACAAAAAUCAGCGAGGUGGAUCCGUGGAUGCGCCUUUUUGGCUCAAGCUGGAGAUGGAAAUGCUGACAUUGUUAUUUCAUUCCCUGUGGAUAUUGCAAUGCAACACAGUGAGCGCCGACUCCAUCAUUCACAUUGGCGCCAUAUUUGAGGAGAACGCAGUGCGGGACGAUGAGGUGUUCCAGCUCGCCGUGUCUGACCUCAGUCUGAGUGACGACAUCCUGCAGAGCGAGAAGAUCACACACUCUAUUAAACUCAUUGAGCCCAACAACCCGUUCCAGGCGGUGCAGGAAGCCUGCGAGCUGAUGAACCAGGGCAUUUUGGCGCUGGUCACCUCGACGGGCUGCGCGUCGGCCAGCGCGCUGCAGUCCCUGACGGACGCCAUGCACAUCCCUCACCUGUACAUCCAGAGGAACAGCGAGGGGUCGCCGCGGACCGCCUGCCAGUUCAACCCGAGCCCCGGCGGGCAGCGCUACACGCUCGCCGCCCGGCCGCCCGUCCGCCUCAACGACGUCAUGCUGACUCUGGUGGAGGAGCUGCGCUGGCAGAAGUUCAUCGUCUUCUACGACAUCGAGUACGACAUUCGUGGCCUGCAGGGCUUCCUGGACCAGACGUCCCGUCAGGGCGUGGACGUGGCCCUGCAGAGAGUGGACAGGAACAUCAGUAAAGUCUUCACCAACCUCUUCACCACCAUGAGGACCGAGGAGCUGAACCGCUACAGAGACACGCUGCGCCGAGCCAUCCUGCUGCUCAGCCCUCACGGAGCGCACACGUUCAUCCAGCAGGCGGUGGAGACGAAUCUGGCCUCCAAGGACAGUCACUGGGUGUUCGUCAACGAGGAAAUCAGCGACACAGAGAUCCUGGAGCUUACCCACAGUGCACUGGGGCGCAUGACGGUGAUCCGGCAGAUCUUCCCGUUGUGGAGGGACAGCAGCACCCGCUGCAUGAGACACAACCACCGGAUCUCCUCUCUGCUGUGCGACCCGCAGGAAGGAUACCUGCAGAACCUGGAGGUGUCCAACCUCUACCUGUACGACAGCGUGCUGAUGCUCGCCAACGCCUUCUACAGGAAGUUGGAGGACAGGAAGUGGCACAGCAUGGCCAGCCUCAACUGCAUCAGGAAGUCCACCAAGCCGUGGAACGGAGGCUGGUCCAUGCUGGAGACGAUCCAGAAGGGCAACAUCACGGGUCUGACGGGGACGAUGGACUUUAAGGACGGCGGCUCCAACUCUCACGUCCAGUUCGAGAUCCUCGGCUCCAGCUUCAGCGAGACCUUCGGCAAAGACAUCAAGAGGCUCGCUACGUGGGACUCGGUUCACGGGCUGAACGGCAGUCUGAAGGAGAGUCGGAUCGAGAACGGCAUGCAGGGAGUGACGGUCAAAGUGGUGACUUUACUGGAAGAUCCUUUCGUCAUGGUGGCGGAGAACAUCCUGGGACAGCCGAAGAGGUAUAAAGGCUUCUCCAUCGACGUGUUGGACGCCCUCGCCAAGAUCCUGGGCUUCAAAUAUGAGAUCUACCAGGUGGCCGACAGUAAAUAUGGAUCUCAGCUCCUGAACGGCUCGUGGAACGGCAUGAUCGGUGACCUCAUCAACAAGCGAGCCGACCUGGCGGUGUCAGCCAUCACCAUCACGCCUGAGAGGGAGAACGUGGUCGACUUCAGCAAGCGUUACCUGGACUACAGCGUCGGCAUCCUGCUGCGAAAACCCGAAGAGAAGAUCAACAUCUUCUCGCUGUUCGCUCCGUUUGACCUCGCCGUCUGGGCGUGUAUCGCCGCCGCCAUCCCCGUGGUGGGAGUGCUCAUCUUCCUGCUCAACAGGCUGCAGGCGCUGCGCUCCUCCAACCAGAAUGCACCGCCGGGCCAGCCCACCAACGGCGUGGGGUCCGGGACUCUGCACAGCGCCAUCUGGAUCGUUUACGGAGCGUUUGUACAUCAAGGUGGGGACGGCGUGGUCGGCUCGGUGGCUCUGAGGAUCGUCAUGGGCAGCUGGUGGCUCUUCACGCUCAUCGUGUGCUCGUCGUACACUGCCAACCUGGCAGCGUACCUCACCGUGUCACGCAUGGACCACGCUAUAAAGUCGUUCCAGGACUUGGCGCGGCAGAUCGACGUGGACUACGGCACGGUGAGGGACUCGGCGGUCUACGACUACUUCAGGAACAAAGGCACCAACCCUCUGGAGCAGGACAGCACCUACGCAGAGCUGUGGAGGACCAUCAGCAAGAACAACGGCAUGGACUACUCUGUGUCCAGCCCGUCUGAGGGCAUCCGCAAGGCGAAGAAGAGUCCCUACGCCUUCCUGUGGGACAUGGCGGUGCUGGAGUACGCAGCGCUGACGGACGACGACUGCACCAUCACCGUGUCGGGAAACAGCAUGAGCAGCAAAGGCUACGGCAUUGCCAUGCAGCACGGCAGCCCCUACAGAGACCUCUUCUCCCAGAAGAUCUUGGAGCUGCAGGAGAAAGGCGACCUGGACAUCAUGAAGCAGAAGUGGUGGCCUCGCACCGGCCGCUGCGACCUCAGCAGCCACGGCAGCACCCACCCCGACGGCCGCUCCCUCAAGCUGCACAGCUUCGCGGGCGUCUUCUGCAUCUUGGCCGCCGGCCUGCUGCUGGCCUGCCUGGUGGCCGGGCUGGAGGCUUGGUGGAACAGCAACCGCUGCCGCCAGGAGCAGCCCAAAGAGGUUACUAAGGAUUACAGACUGGCAAGGGUUUCUGGUCCAUUGACAUAUAAUGACAUUACAACUGCUUCAUCGGAGGGGAGGAGGGACAUUUGGACAGACAGAGAGAGAGGCUGGGAUGAAGCAGAAGCUAUUGAUACAGGUCAGAAUAGACCUCCUAUACAACUAUUUAAAAUAAAGACAAAACAAAAGAAGACAAUCACAUCUGUGCCAUCGCCAACGUCCUUUUGUUUUGUUGAUAUUUUUGGUCAAUUGUAAAUCUGAAGCUGAGUAGAAACGUGCCUCGUUCCUGUUGUUCUGUGAAAAUAAAUAUUCCAGUAAAUGUGAACCAAAGUUAAAAUGCUGGGAUUUGUUUCAAGGCACCUAAAUUGAUUUAUUUUAACUAACAUCAUCUUUUAUAUUCUCCUCCAUGUAACCAUAAACUAAAUAACAUGAGUACACGUCAAAAUAUCAAACAAUCUUUAUUUGUAAUCAAAAGGUGAAAGAUCAACGAAGACGACCGUUAAAACCAAAACUUACAUCAGACGGCCUGUCGUUAAACUUUCUUCUUGCUCAUUAAACCUUCCACUGAUAAAACCGCUGAUGCUAAUUAUCAAUUUGCUUAUCAGAACAUUGAACAGGAAGUUAUUUACAGAACCAGAUGUCUCGGCUCGGUCAUAAUUGCAAUUGAUUAGAAUUUGGUCGUUUGCUCUUUGCAGACGACUUGAUGAUUAACGUCGGUGACGUCGCUCCUUCAGGCACCGACUGUCACCUUUAACUGCACCUGCUGCCAUUAGAAACCCUCCUGGUUCUUCAAGUGCCUUUCUGUUUCUCCUUACUUUGUUUCACUUGAUCAUCUUUUAACUGUAUGAACACAUUUCAUAAGGGCUGACCUCCGACCUCACUUUUACCUGUUGUUGCCGUCUUAAACAGAAAAAAACAGUUACACUGUGAUAAAUAUCUAAAUAAAUCCUGCAAGCAGUUUCAGUGCCUUUUAAUGCAAACACUUACAGAUUGGGAUCAUUUCUAACCCUUAAAAAUUACUUAACAAGAUAAUUACUGGUGCCCGUCCUCAAAUAACUGGAGGAGAAUCUGCGAUGUUCAUUUAUCUUCAGACUCGCUGUGUCAAAGUUAUUAAAGCAGAUUUGACAAAUA